AUGGUCGCUCUCUGGAUUCUGUUUUUGUGUUUGCAUCUAUUUUACAUCGUCAACGCAUCAGGUCUGCCAGAUAAUCAUCAAACCAUAUGGGCUGAAAUAUCUUCCAACACUACGUUCUGUUGCAACUUAACAUUCAAAGAAUCAGAAGCAUUGCAGUUGAGAGUGAAUGACCAACGAAUUUGUUCCUCAGUUAAAAGACCUGGCAAAGAUAUUAGAAGAUAUAUUUCCCCAUCAGCCAAAGCCUGGAAUAUCAACGAAACAGUCAAAGAUGAUAUCUGUUUGACAAAAACCAAUAAUAAUCCUGACGAAAUAGAAAAUCCUCCCCAAAUUAUUUGUGAAAAAUCUGCAGAUGAGGGUCUGGGAGAAACUUUGGAGAAAAAAUCUAUUAUUUUAAAGUUUUACGAACAAGCCAAAAUUGUUAAAUUUCCAAAAAGUCUUAAAUUUAGAGAAGGAUCUAAUCAAGUGAUUGAAUGUAGUGCUACUGGAUUUCCUGACUUAUAUGUUGUCUGGCGCUUAAAGAAUGGCUCAAUCUUGAAACAUUCUCAUCAACCUAAUUCAUCCGUUAGUAGAAGUAACAUACGAUUAAUUAAUCUUCCAUUGGAAUUGUUAAAUAUUCGUUCUGAUCAACAUGGUGAUGUAUAUGUUUGUGAAGCAGGUAUAAAUUCUGCAGUGAAUCAAAAUCCAGUUAUCAAAGAAUUGAUGCUUGAAGUCAAUUUAUAUCCGAAAAUACACAUGACCGACAAUGUAAUUUACACAGAUAUUGGUGUUGAAGAAAGAUUUAAUAUUCUGGUAACAGGUUAUCCAACUCCUACACUGACCUGCAAUGAUCUACCAGUUAGUGAUCCACACAUGUUAUCCAAUAAACCUCAAGGUGGAACAUGGGCAUAUCGUGUUGUAUUAAAUCAGAUUACAUCACAACAUUUACAUGAGUAUUUAUGCAAAGCAAAUAACAGUUUAGGUAGUGUAAAUCAAAAGUUGGAAGUAACUGUUUCUCCAGCACCUCCGAAAAUUUUAUCUCCAAAUUUAACAGAAUUUGCUGAUUAUUAUUUAUUACAUUGGACAACAAAUUCCCGUGCACCUUUAAAGAAUGUCACUGUUACUAUAAGUGAAACAUCAACCAAUACAGAAUCUAAUACUGGCAGUUCAAUUGUUCCACGUUCUCCAAUACUUCAUGAACGUGUAUUUAAUCUGGAAGAUGAUAAGAUUGAUACAACUUCGACAGUGAUUCAACAUAUACAAUCGGAUUCGAAUAAUUCAAAACAAAUUUGGCAUCAUUUAACAAAUCUUAGUUCAGAUACACGUCAUGAUAUUAGUUUAAAUGUUUGUAAUACUUAUGCAUGUUCAAAAUCAUCAACAUUAAGAAGUCGAUCUGGUGGUUCUCCUAGUAGAUUUACUAUUAAAACACCUGAAUUUGAUGGUUCAAACAAAAUUAAUCCAUCUUUAUUACAACGAAGUCCAAAAGAUCUUCUAUCGUUGGAUGCUCAUGAAACUAAAUCUCCAAGAAACGGAAACUCUGCCAAUCUCAAACCCUAUCAAACAUGGAUUAUAUUAUUCAUUGUAACCUUGUUACUCAGAUCUAUUCUCAUAUAA